AACGUCAAAAAAAUCAAAAAAAAAAAGCCGAAAGGCAACUGUUGUAGUUUUUAAUUUAGUUUAUAAACUUAUUUGUGUUUUAUUAUUGUUGAUAGUAUCUUUAAAAGUGAACCAACUGUUAUUUUAUCUAGUCUUAAACAUACCUAUUUUAGUUUGUGGGCAAUCUGAGGUCCAUGACGUUCGCUAAUGUGCCAUAAAAAUCUUGAUAGAUGUCUCUUUGUUGUGGAAAUAGUGAUUUUUGGUGCUUUAAAUAGGAUUCGUGGAGCGAAAUAUUUAGAAGAACAUUUAUGUUUUAGUUAUUACACUUCUCGAAUGUGAUAUAUAUUGAAAUUUACUUUUUUUUAAGAAAUCCCGCCAUAAUACUGCAAGUGAUUUUUAAUUGUUUCGUAACAUAAUUUAAGCUGUAACGUUUUUAAAAAUGGAACAAUUGCUCAACUUAAGCGGGAAAAAUACCAGCGCUGAUGUAAUACGCCAUCCGUAGAUCCUUAAAAGAUUCUAAUAAGGAGAAAAUAUGUCAACCUUGCAAGACAGUCAAUCCUUCUGGAAUAUUUCUAGUGAUAAUACAGAUUUAAAAUAUGAAAAAUGUCGGAAUAUAACCGAGGAAAUAUAUAAGAGGAUUGAUAUAACAUUUAAGAUAAAGAAAUUGGAAACAGGAACACAAAGUGAAUCUGACUACAGUUUCAGUGAUCAAAUAGACAGCAAUGAACUCAGCAAUGAAACUGAUCUAUUCGCUUGCGACAAGAGUUCAAUAUCGAGCAGUACGGACUUGGAAGCCCUGGAACUUGGCAGUGCUAUGUGCGAGAAAUUCAUUAAUAAUAAUAACAAUGAGGAAACUAAGAAGAAAACGACAACAGUUUAUAAGAGGCCCCGGAAAAGGUUUCGCAAGCGUGUCAAGAAACAGCAGCGCUCGAAGCGCGAAUCAGACGGCUCGAGCGAUGAAGCGCCGUUGAGCCGCGUGGCGGACUUGGACUUCAGCCGCGAGAGCCGCGUGACGCCGUCUCCCUCGCACGCGGUGAUGGGCGUGCCGAACGUUGUGAUAACGCCGAUCGACUUAAAGAAAUUCAAGCUGCCAUUACCAGAGAAGAAAUCAACGAAGAAAAACGAAACUAAAUGUCAAUCAAAGGAACCCAAAGACAAGACAACACCGUCUACCAUAGACAAGCCGAUGGAUGAUCGAAAACAAACCAUAGACAAGACGGAUAACGAGAAAGAGAAAUCUAUGGAAUGGAAUUGUUCAAUUUGCAGCUUGUCUUUCCGUGGCGAGAGAGGCUUAAGGCGUCACAUGACAAUGUCCCACAUUAUAAAUCCACAUGAAGCAAAGAAGUCGAACAAGAAAGAAGAGACAACAUAGAUGGGUAAAUAAAAAAAAAAAAAAACAACAUGAAACGGUACACAAGAU